UUAACUAUACUGAAAAUGUUGAAAAUUCACGCGUCUCCUUCCUUGAUAAAGCCCCUCUUUUGUUUGAACUUGUCUUUCUCAUCAUCUAUCUUCCCGACUCUCUCGCCACUCCAAUCCGCAAGUCUCCGCCGCUUUCUUCUACGCCGGACUUCAACUCGUGCAAUCGCCACCAUGUCCGUGUCCAAAUCCGACGCCACUAGUCAUUCAACGCCGGAACACGUCGCCGGGAACUGGUUCUCGGUGCCAGACCUCCGACUCCGGGACCACCGAUUUAUGGUCCCUCUCGAUUAUAAAAAUCGUGAUGCUUCUUCGAAGAUAUCCGUUUUCGCUCGCGAAGUCGUCGCUGUUGGGAAAGAAGAGCAGUCAAUGCCAUACCUUUUAUUCCUUCAAGGAGGGCCUGGUUUUGAAUGCCCUCGACCAACUGAAGGCAGUGGAUGGAUACUUAAAGCAUGCGAAGAGUUCCGGGUUAUAUUGAUGGAUCAGCGAGGAACAGGUUUAUCGACCCCUUUGACUCCAUCUUCUAUGCAGCAAAUAAAGUCUGCCCAAAAGCUUGCUGAUUACUUGACACAUUUCCGAGCUGACAACAUCGUCAACGACGCUGAAUUCAUCCGAGUUCGUCUCGUCCCCGAAGCUAAGCCUUGGACCAUUUUAGGUCAGAGCUAUGGUGGUUUUUGCGGAGUUACUUAUCUGAGUUUUGCACCCCAAGGUUUGAAAUAAGUGCUUCUAACAGGAGGGAUACCUCCAAUUGGAGAUGGAUGCGCCGCAGAUUCUGUUUAUAGAGCUUGCAUUGAACGGCUUAUUCAUCAGAAUGAAAAAUACUAUAAGAGGUUCCCUCAGGAUAUUGAAAUUGUCCAAGAUGUUGUUACCUUUCUGGCAGAAUCCGAAGGAGGCGGGGUACAACUUCCAUCUGGGGGAAUCUUAACCCCCAGGGGGCUGCAAUUUCUUGGUUUAUCCGGUUUAGGAUCAAGCGCAGGUUUUGAACGAUUGCAUUAUCUGUUUGAGAGGGUCUGGGAUCCAAUUUUAGUUCCAGGAGCACCUAAGCAGAUUAGCUCAUACUUUUUAAAUGCUUAUGAAACAUGGGUGUCUUUUGGUACAAAUCCACUUUAUGCAAUUCUCCAUGAGUCAAUAUAUUGUCAGGGUGCUUCCUCGCGGUGGUCUGCUCAUAGAGUAAGGGCUGAUCAUGAUAACAAAUUCAAUGCAAUCAAGGCUGCAAAAGAAGGACGCCCCGUACUUUUUACGGGGGAAAUGAUAUAUCCAUGGAUGUUUGAUGAAAGUGAAGCUUUGAGGCCUUUCAAAGAGGCCACUCAUAUAUUGGCUGAGAAGGAAGAUUGGCCUCCACUGUACAAUAUCACUGCAUUGAAAGAUAACAAGGUACCGGUAGCGGCUGCCGUAUAUUACGAGGAUAUGUAUGUCAACUUCAAGCUGGUGAUGGAAACAGCUUCUCAGAUAGCAGGAAUAAGGUUAUGGGUAACUAAUGAAUACAUGCAUUCAGGGCUACGCGAUGCAGGUGGGCAAGUUUUUGAUCACUUAAUGGGGAUGCUCAACGGAAAGAAGCCUUUGUUCUGAGUUCCUAGUCAGAGCCUUGACUGUGUGCAUUGUUGAGCAACAGAUAACGUGGUUGUAUUACCUUUAUGUUUUAGUUGCAGAACAAGUGAACUUGUUCAAUUUCUUUGAGACUACUGAGUCGAUCAGACUGGAUUAGGGUUUUGAACCAGUGAACGGUAAAGACAAUUAUAUUGUUUAAGUUUUAUAUUAAAAGAAUACCCUCUGAAAAGCUUAUCAACAAUGGAAAAUGCCACCUCCUUUUAGAGUUACCACAAAACGUGUGACAUGUUAAAGAAAGAAUUAAAUAGGAAAAGGAUAGAACCAGAGAUAUCCAUCCUCUCUCGUACGUGUUUCCUGUAAACAGAUCCAGCAAUCCAGUCCCAAAUACACGUGGCACGAACCCAGAUGCCUCCCGCCCCCAUAUAAAAAAAAACAACUAACAACCUGGGAACUCAGACAUCAUCGUCAGAUCAUCAACCUAUCCAAAAUCUACAACACUUCGAGUUACCUGGUACAGGAAUGUCGCAGUUGGUGGACAAAGCUAAGAACUUCGUGGCGGAGAAGGUGGCCGACAUAAAGAAGCCAGAAGCCGAUGUUACCGAUGUUGAUCUGAAACACGUGAGCCGUUAGAACAUCGA